AACUUCCCUUCUCUUCAAACCAUAUGAUUUUCCUCUAUCCUCAUUAUUAAUCAUAGGAAAGUUUUUCACUUUACGCAUAUCUAUCAUUCAAUUAACUCACAGUCACACCCAAACAAUACUAGUUUGACAAGUUCAAAUUUAACUUUUUACCAAGUAGAUGUUUGUAGGACUCUAGCGAAAGGGAAUUGCGAUUCUCAUUGUUAUUAUAUUAUUAUUGUAACUGUAAUGUUAUAAUUACCUUCUUGGCGCUCAAAGAGAGGUUGAGUGUGGACUUCAACUUCCUCAAUAUUCAAGCUUUUGCCCCAUCCCAAUCCCAUAAGCCUCCCCAAAACUAAAACCCUUCUCUUUUGGAAUCUGGAAUUUUUCCUUUCCCUAGUGUCUUUCACUUCAGAGUUCCGAUAUUCGUUUCUCCGUGUUUGUUUCCAAUUGUUCUACACAUGCCUCCAUAACAUUGACUGCAAACUGGAGAGAAAAAUAACGGGUCUUCUCUGUUAAUUCGAGACAUGGAGGUGUUACCGGAGCUGAGCCUUUGAGUACAUGUCAGGGGGUACAGCGGUUGAGUUUUUGUUUGGUUAUCUGAAACUAUGGGGGGAAUUUGUUCGAGGUCCGCCAACGAGGACAAGGUGUUUGCCAAGACCGAUGAAAAUUUUGUGAAUCAUAAAUCUGGUAAGAAUGGCCAGUCUAGCGUGCCGAGUGAUUUCACUACUGCACCUCAGAUACGUGAGAAAAUGGAGAAGGAUUUGCAAGAACCUAGUGAAAUUCGAGGCUUAGAUGCAGGGACUAGUCCAAAUGAUUUCUAUGAUGGAAUCCCACGCUUUUCUGAUUCUUUUCCACACAAAUCUAGAUCAGUUAAAUCAAGGCAGGCUGCUGUGGCAAAGGUUUCAGAGGUGAGUUCACGUCUAGGAAGAGCUGGUACCAUUGGAAUUGGGAAGGCAGUGGAUGUCUUGGACACUCUUGGGAGCAGCAUGACAAAUUUAAAUGCUGGAAGUGGGUUUAUUUCUGGAACUGCAACAAAAGGAAAUGAAAUUGCUAUCUUAGCAUUUGAGGUUGCAAACACUAUCGUCAAGGGCUCUAGUCUCAUUCAAUCUCUGUCGAACCGAAGUAUUUGGCAUUUAAAAGAAGAGGUGCUUCCUUCAAAGGGUGUGCAAGAUUUAGUAUCUAAGGAUACGGAUGAACUUCUAAGGAUUGUUGCUGCAGAUAAGAGGGAGGAGUUGAAAGUUUUUGCUGAUGAGGUAAUCCGUUUCGGAAAUCGCUCCAAGGAUCCUCAAUGGCACAACUUGGACCGUUACUUUGAGAAAAUCAACAGAGAACAGAAUGCCCAGAGACUGUCAACAGAUGAGGUUGAAUCAAUGAUGCAGCAAUUGAUGACUUGGGUCCAGCUCACAGCUGAGUUAUACCAUGAAUUACAUGCUCUGGAUAGAUUUCAGCAAGACUAUCUCAGUAAGCGCCAAGAGGAUGAUAGUUCUGGUGCAGCUCAUAAAGAUGAUAGCCUCCCAAUCUUGAGGGCGGAACUUAAAACUCAAAAGAAGCAAGUUAAACAGUUGAAGAAAAAGUCACUCUGGUCCAGAAGUUUGGAGGAGAUUAUGGAGAUGCUUGUAGACGUUGUCCAAUUUUUGCAUUUGGAGAUGGACAAUAUCUUUGGCAGUGAAGAUCGUCAGAAGCCUGUAAUUGGAUGCAGCAGCAGUCGUCAAAGAUUGGGUCCUGCAGGCCUUGCUUUGCACUAUGCAAAUAUAGUACUCCAAAUCGAUACUCUUGUUGCACGAUCCAGUUCUAUGCCUGCAAAUACAAGGGAUUCAUUAUAUCAGAGCUUGCCUCCUAAUGUAAAAUUGGCUUUGCGUUCCAAAUUACCGUCUGUUCACGUUGCAAACCAGAUGACCGUAACAGAGAUCAAAGAUGAGAUGGAGAAGACAUUGCACUGGCUGGUUCCAGUUGCCACCAACACAGCCAAGGCACAUCAUGGUUUUGGUUGGGUUGGGGAGUGGGCGAACACUGGCUCUGAGGUAAAUAGGAAGAACACGCAGACUGACGUGAUGCGAAUUGAGACAUUUCACCAUGCAGACAAGGACAAAGUUGAAAGUUACAUUCUUGAACUUCUUUUAUGGCUUCAUCGCCUGGCCAUCAAAAGUAAGGCUAACAGUGAUUUUGGUGAAGCAAAGUCUACGCUCAAGCCAGCUGCCGGCACUGCUUUGCAAAAGACAGAUGAGCAACCUAAGAAUGCUGAGCAUCCGUUACUAACAAUUGAUGAACAAAACCUGCUGCAAGAUGUAAUUAAGAAAACACGGAUCCGAGGAAUCAGCAAGAGCUUGGACUUCGACAGCAUGAAUACUACAAGGGAGAAGAGCAGCAGGCUGACAAGGAGUUGCAGCCAUUCAUCAACAACUAGAAGCAAGGAAUCAACAUUUAAUAGGAUUUCGUCUAAGCUUCCUCUGAUUGAUUUUGGCAUUGACAAAGAGAGAGCAUUGGAUGUGAUUGACAGAGUGGACAUGGUCAGAUAGUUUGUACAUACAACGUAUUCAUGCUGCACUGCUGCAACCGUUGAUUGCCAAUUCAUGGCUGCACUUGUGGUAUCUUUGGCUUCAUUAAAUUGUUUUGGUGAAGUGCUAUUGUACAAAACACUCAUGGCACAAAGGUAGAAUGAAGGGAAAACAGGCUUUUCUAGUCUCCAAAAAGAUGAUUGCAUUGCCCGCUUGGGGCUGAGGCAGAGUGGAUUGCGUUUUCAUCGUGCAUAGACAAUAGGAGGACGGGUGCCUGCCUAGUUUUGGAUUGCUGCACUGGUUACUUUUGGCUUUGGUGUAUCCUUGAACGCUGCCAAAAGUGGAACCUAUUUUUUAUUUUUUAAUAGAAAUGUAGAUCCAGCUUUUAUAGAUUGUACAUCAUCUGAAUAAAAGUAGAAUCAUUGAAUAUGUAUGUACAAGAGCUUGAUGUUUUGAGAGUUUGUCUUUAUUGUUUGGUACAUGAGCGGAGCAGAUUUAGAGUAGUUGAUUCACCUUGAAUUAGCGUAUCUCACAGUUUCAAUUAACAUGUUAUUUCACUCUAA